UUUAAUAAAUCGUUAGACACAGAGUUGCAGCAAAUUUCAAGCCAUGCAGACCACGCCUUGGUUUCGAGCAUGCGCAGAUUCGGCACGGUGUACGAACGUCAUGGCUAAGCGUACGAAGAAAGUAGGCGUCGUCGGGAAGUACGGCACGCGUUACGGGUCUUCACUCCGAAAAAUGGUCAAGAAGAUUGAAAUCACGCAGCACGCGAAGUACACGUGUAUGUUCUGCGGAAAGGACGCCAUGAAGCGGCAAUGCGUUGGUAUAUGGAAAUGUAAGGCGUGUCGUAAAGUGGUUGCGGGAGGCGCAUGGGUUGUGUCGACAACAGCGGCCGCCACCGUGAGAAGCACAAUUCGUCGGUUAAGAGAAAUGCAGGACGUCUAGGGGGACUAUAACCGUUCUGUACUAGAUUGUAAGAUUAGAAUCAUUUGAAAACAGCCAGUCUUUGUACGAUU